AUCUAAUGCUCCAGCAGCUCUGCCAAACGCCCACCUUCUCCCAAAUCCCAAACCCAACACAAAGUCUCUGUCUUUCAAGACCGCCGACAAACCCUUUGAACCAGAGCUCAUUCGAGCAGAACUACAGGCAAGUGUGCAGCCUCCUUCUCUCCUUGACUCGCUUAAGGUCCAUUCCAAAGGGCCUGCAACUCCAUGCCCACAUCUUCAAAUCAGGUAUUGUCGCUAUCCCUCUCGUUUCCCACCACCUCAUCAACUUCUACUCCAAGUGCCAACUCCCCCUCUUAUCCGCCCAAGUAUUUCACGAAGCUUCGCGAAAGAGUGCCACUACUUGGAGCUCUGUCAUCUCCGCUUGUGCCCAAAAUGAGCUCCCCUGGCUUGCCGUUGAGCUCUUUCGUCGAAUGCUUGGCGACAAUAUCCGCCCGGAUGACCAUAUCCUCCCUUCGGCCACCAAGUCUUGCGCCAUUCUUGGUAGGACCGACGUGGGGCGAUCCUUCCAUUGUGUUGCAUUGAAGACUGGAUAUGAUGGCGAUGUGUUCGUGGGGAGUUCUUUGGUUGAUAUGUAUGCUAAGUGCGGGGAGAUUUGGGAUGCAAGGUUAUUGUUCGACGAAAUGCCUGAUAGAAAUGUUGUUUCUUGGAGCGGUAUGAUAUAUGGGUAUGCUCAGUUGGGUGAAGAUGAGGAGGCUCUGACGAUGUUUAAGCAAGCACUGUAUGAAGAGUUGGACGUCAAUGAUUUUACAUUUUCGAGCGUUGUUCGUGUCUGUGGAAACUCGACGCUUCUCGAGCUGGGGAAGCAGAUACAUGGGCUGUGCGUAAAAACGAGUUUCGAAUCGUCGAGUUUUGUGGGUAGCUCUUUAAUUUCUCUGUAUUCUAAAUGCGGUGUUAUUGAGGAAGCCUACCGGGUUUUUAACGAGAUACCGGAGAGGAAUCUUGGAAUGUGGAAUGCAAUGCUGAUUGCCUGCGCACAGCAUGCGCAUACCGAGAAAGCAAUGAGCUUGUUUAAGCAGAUGGAAGAUGUUGGGAUGAAACCGAAUUUUAUCACAUUUCUGUGCGUGCUCUACGCUUGUAGCCAUGCAGGGCUUGUUGAGAAAGGGAAGUAUUACUUUGAGCUCAUGAAAGAAUAUGGGAUUGAGCCAGGAGCUCAGCAUUAUGCUUCAUUGGUGGACUUACUUGGGCGUGCUGGUAAGUUGCAAGAGGCACUAGUAAUUAUCAAGGAAAUGCCUGUAAAACCAACAGAAUCUGUGUGGGGAGCUUUCUUGACCGGGUGUCGAAUUCAUGGCAAUACCGAAUUGGCUGCUUUUGCAGCAGACAGGGUUUUUGAGUUGGGUCCUGUUAGCUCAGGCGUGCAUGUGCUGUUAUCCAAUGCUUAUGCAGCUGCUGGCAGAUGGGAGGAUGCAGCCAGAGCUAGGAAACUGCUUAGGGACAAGGAGUCAAAAAAGGAAACUGGGUUGAGCUGGGUUGAGGAAGGAAACAAAGUGCAUACAUUUGCUGCAGGAGACAGGUGCCAUGCACGAACAGAGGAAAUAUAUAAGAAGUUGGAGGAGCUGGGGGAGGAAAUGGAGAGGGAAGGUUAUGUUGCAGACAUAAGUUUUGUGCUAAGAGAAGUGGAUGGAGAAGAGAAGAAGCAGACAAUAAGGUAUCACAGUGAAAGGCUAGCUAUUGCAUUCGGGCUCAUCACAUUCCCUCCUGACAGACCAAUCAGGGUCAUGAAGAACUUGCGGGUAUGCGGCGAUUGUCACACAGCAAUCAAGUUUAUGUCGAAGUGUUCUGGAAGAGUGAUCAUUGUGAGGGACAACAAUAGAUUCCAUCGGUUUGAGAAUGGGAUUUGCUCCUGUGGUGACUAUUGGUGAAUGAAUUGCAAUAUCCUUCACUUUUUUUUUUCCAUUGUUUAUAGAGAUAAUUAGUCUUGAGAAGAUUUAUUAAUUGUAUUAUAUUGUAAUCUAAUCGUGAUUACACAUCAUUUUACUGAACCAGAUAAGUAUCAGUAAUGUUUUCAAAAAAGAAAACUUUAUUGAAAAGGCAGUUAAACUUGA